AUGGCUGCAGCAGAUGACGCGCAGGACUUCAAAAUGAUCCAAACGACUUUCUCGGAUAAGGAGGAUGGGACUGCAGACUCCAAGCAGCCAGCUGGUGAACGUGGACGGCGAACCUCUGUUGUCGCAGGAGAGUUCAUCACGGGAAAGGAGGUGUCCCUGCAAAAGUCGCUGACCUUCACUGUCCGAGCAAGGGCCCAGAGAUUUUUAGCCUGGCUUGCGGACAGUCCGGGACUUGCUAAUUUCAUGGCGGGCGUCAUCGUCGUAGACGCAAUCUGCACAUGGGUUGACAUUGAUGCCAGAGCUGCAGACGCCCCUCCAGCUGACGGCGCUUUGUUGUUUCUGGACCUCAGUCUGGCCUUAUACACAGCUGAGCUCGUAAUUGUGUUUUGCGGCAGGGGUGCUGUUAAGAUGCUGACCGACUGGAUUGUGCUGCUCGACAUCAUCGUCAUUUUGUGCGGAUACUUCGAGAUUGUGCUAAAUGCAUUGGGUCCCACAGACUGGCUAGCAAGGCUGCACGUAAUGCGCGCACUGCGACUGGCGCGGAUAUGCCGCUUGCUGCGGCUCUUUCGGAGAAUCCGUGCCUUGCGUGAGCUUCAGAAACUGGUCACAAUGAUGGCAACCUGCUUCCGCACUUUGGCAUGGUCUUUCCUCCUCUGUUUCGUCAUCAUGACAAUAUGGGCUAUGCUUUUGGUCGAGAUUGUGCAUCCCAUCAUUGAGGGCAUGCCUGAUACCUUUGCAAGCUGCGCUUACUGCCGGGAGUCAACUCGAUCUGUCAUGUCAGCAAACCUUCUCCUCUUCAAGACGGUGAUCGCUGGAGAUGGCUGGGGUGAGGUGGCAGUGCCAAUAAUCGAGCACAGCCCCUGGACUGCGCUGAUUUUCGUUGGCUCCUUGCUGACCCUGGUCUUCGGUGUUCUGAACAUCAUCAUUGCGGUCGUGGUGGAUACAUUCGCUGAGGCCCGGCUUAAAGAUGUAGAGAACUUGGCCGAAGAGAUGGAACAUGACCUGGAGAUGAAUAAGGAGGAGUUGAAGCAACUCUUUCAGCGGAUCGACAAGGCCGGCAGUGGACAGCUUUCCUUGGAGGAGUUGAUCACCGGAGCCAGGCGAGACCCCGUUUUGCAGAGCAGGCUUCGAGUGAUGGACAUUGACGAAAAUGACAUGAAACAGUUGUUUUGCAUGAUUGACGUGGACAACAGUGGCACGAUCGAAGCUUCAGAGUUCAUCGGACCUCUGAGUCGAUGGGUCCACGACUCCAAGACGGCACCGAGGUUUAUCAAGUACAACAUGCUGCAGACGAUGCAGCUCCAGGAAGAUUUGUACAACCUCUCGCAGCACUGCUUCAGGGACCUCUCCCAACGCAUGGACACACUGUCAGCAGGCAUGUCUACAGCUACCCGGCUUUGCGCCUUCCCGCCCCGGCAGACUUCCAGAGAAAGCCAAGCCUCUCAGUCCAGCCAUUUGGGUGCAGAUGGAGCAGGAAUCGAGCAGCCCAGUGGUGGCAUCAAGCCCAAGAUGAUGGGCACCUACCUUGAUCCGACUCCUAUGGUCUCCGCAGAUGCGGAGAACGCGGAGCUUAUCAGGCUCUUAGAGGGUGUUGUGGCAAAGGUCGAAUGUGGGAUGGUGGACUUGGAGAAUCGGCUGAAGCGAGCCUUAACCGGCCCGGGGCCGGAUGUGGCACAUGUAGCACCCAAGAUUUCCGAGCAGGUCGCAAAGGAGAGGUCCUUGGGAGUAACGGGUGGUCGGGGAGACCUAUUCAGGUCGGUUUACGGUGAAGCGAGACAUCGGGAUCGCCAGAACCGCCGCAAGCACCACAGUGGCCAUGCCCAGACGGGAAUGACACUCUUGGCUUUGCAGGAAGUUGCCGGACGUGCUGGGAGUCACGGCGAGCUAAUGGCUCGCCAUACUAGGUCUACACAUUGA